ACAUCGUCGCCCAAGUUCACCAAACAAUAAUUAUUGUGUAGACUAAUCGGAAGCGAAGUCCCACCUAGAUUAGAUUAGCAACGAACAAAACAAGAAGUAGGUUUGUCAUCAUACCAGUCGUAUAGGUGUAGCCUAGCCGAUUGUGGUUACGUGUACAAACAGUCGUCCGAGUGAAUCUUGUAAUCGCUGCGACGUGCCAGAUUCUGUGUCGCAGUUGCAGAGAGAGAAGACAGACUAAAAUGUUAGUGAUGAAGAAAGAUGACGACGAGGUCGGAGGCGACGCUUGCGUGCGAGACGUUCGCAUAUCGCGUCUUAAAGCCGCCUUCGAGGAAUGCGAGACGAAGCUGCGUCGACUUCGAGAGCUUCCAGAACUGUCGGCCAUUUUUUUCUCUGAUGAUACCGACAAGUUGGGAAAACAGUUGGCUUCUAGCCAGAAGCCGGAAUUCGAUAGGCAAGUGGAGGUGAGAAACCGGAAACGGAGCGACCGCCCUCGAAUUACACACAAAGAGGUGAGACCGCGAAGUGGCGAAUUAACGACGCAACGAGCUGUUGCAGCAGAGAGGAAGGAGAGUGGUGAUGCGAGCGAGUGCGGACGAGAUCCGGCGGUGGCGUCGCUUCGAAUUGUCGGAGUAAAAAGUCUUUGCCCUGAAGCACAACGCGCCAUGCCUUCACACGCCAUGCCUUCACACGCCAGAUACUUAGCCAUGCCUUCACACGCCAGGUAUCUAGCUGCCACAGCAGCUGAUCAACAAACCUGUGUGUUGCCAUCUUACCAUUCUUACUAUUCGUGGUUACAGCAAGGACAUACGCAUUCAUCACCACCACCACCAUCAUCAUCCAGGUUCCUGCAUCCCUAUCAGCGCGUUGGCAAUCAUCAGCAUCUGGUUUACUAUUCUAAUCAAAAUGAUGGUUGGACUUCGACGUUUACCUAUGGUGACCAUACGCUUGAGGAGCCUCCGUGCAAAGUCAGUCGAGGUCAGUUCUGGUUUCCGUCGGACUCUUGGUGUGAAGAGCCCGGAAGUGUACGUGAGGGCGUGAAGUUGCAAGGCGUUGGCGUACCGCAAGAGAACAGGAAUCAACUGGAACGUGAUUUGUGUUACAAUGCUCACUCGUAUUGUAGUCUGUCUGCAAAUCAAGCUCGAUCUCAAACCUUGGUACAUGGUUCGACCAAGAAAGCAGGGAUUGCUACAUUCUAGUUGACUGUUUUGGGUUAUAGCACUAAAAUUGUGUUGAUGCUAUUUUGUUCCUAGUUAUAAGAGUUUUCAUUUGAGUUUCCUGUUACUACUGAAAUUAUCCGAAAUGCUUUUGUUGGCUAUGCAAGUUAAUAAUAAUAACUUAGUAUUGAUA